GGAAGGGCUCUGCACGCCAUUGCGAGAAUCAGCGAUGAAUUUUGGAUUGACCCUAAGGAAAAAGGAAAUUAUUCCUAUGGAAAUGCCACUGAACGGAGCCUGAAUGGGGACACUGUUCAAUUUGCAUGUAAAUUAAUAAUCAAAGCUAUUCUGCCCUUAUUUCGAUGCUUGCACACACUGGAAAGAAAUGUGGAAAAAUGCAACAUUUACACAGAUGUGAACGAUUGCCAUGUUGUUUUUAAGCUGUUCUGCAAACAUGGUGUCGUGAAAACUCAUAGCUUAGCUUUCCAGGAGUGUGAACCUCUUCAAGCUGUGUUUGCAAAACAUUUGUGUACCAAUGUAUUGAAAGUCCACUCCAGGCAGCUGUCUGACAUGCUGAUCCACUUUCCGACGUACCAAGAAGAAAUAACUUUAGGUGUAACACCAGUGAAAGUUUCCUUCAAGACUUACACAGAGGAUGAGAUGGAAUUGGCCAAGGCAAUGCGUACGGAAAUUCAUCUCAGUCCCGAUGAAUUUGAAUAUUUUCAAGUCGGAGUAGAUUCGGAAGUCACGUUUUGCCUUAAAGAACUGCGGGGUCUUCUGGUGUUUGCAGAAGCUGUCAGCGUCCCAGUCUCCAUCCAUUUUGAUGUAUCUGGAAAACCAGUCGCUUUCAGCAUUGAGGAUCCGGUCAUGGAAGCCCUGUUUGUUUUGGCCACUUUAUCCGAUACCAAAAGCUGCACAACUGCCAGUAAACCAACAUGCUUUGAGCAAAGCCAAAACAGGGGCCCUGCCAUAGAGAGGAGUGAUCAGCACAUCAUCAGUUGCAGGAGAAACACAUCCAUAGCUUCCUCGGAGGGCUUUUCCACAAGAGAGGAUCCACCUGAUCCCAACUAUAAUAAGUUCCAUUCCUUGUUCUUCGGAGCAGUUUCCCCUAAUGAGCAAAGUGAUGCCAAUUUGCUUCACAAUUUGGCAACGGUGAGCGACACAGAAGAGGAUUGGGCCCACGGGCAGCUCUCUCCGACGUUUUAACCGCAGGACAUGCCCGUUGGUGCAGCAGGCAAGCAGCUCAGUCUGGUGGCCCGCAGGGAAAAUGCCAUUUUCGCUUAUUUUAGGUGUUCGGAUUACCCGAGUGGAUGGCUGCCGCUUCCUAUUUUUCCAACCGUUUUCUGCCAAAUGUUGUUUUAGCUUCAACCUAUGGAUAUCGCCAUAACUUUUGUUCAGAAUCCUUUAAGUUGAUGAUUUGGGAUUAAAAAACAGACAAACCCCUUUGGGCCUAGGUGUGUAUAAUAUUCAGCAAACUUCCUUUUCAGUGUGGGAAAUACUUGUUGAGAUCCGUUUUGGAGGUUUUUCAAAAACCAGAGUUUCUAGAUUUCAAUCAACUUGAAAGCAUUUAAGGAUGUCAUCCCGCGUACCUCAGCAGCCAGAUGCAAAUGUUUUACAAGCGUGUUCAGCCAUUCGCAUUCGACAGUUUUAGACUGCCUUUCUCUCUGGCAGUUACCCACAGCAACCUAACAAAAGGCAAUUAAUCACCCACUAUUGCUGCUGCCUGGGCUCCUUCUUUUAAGAUCUGCUUCAGGGAAGAAGAAUGAGAAGGGAGGAUGCUUUUGAAAGCAAAGUGAAACCAGGAACUGAAAAUGGAGAACCAUUUCUCUAGCAGCAGAACUCCCCCCAAACAUCCAUACAAUGCUUUUUUUGAGAAGGACACGUGUUCCUUUGCUCCUUCCACUGAAUUCCUCAUUGUACACAGAUAUUUUUUUUUAAAAGAUUUUAAUUUUAGUGCCUCGCUGUUGUUAAGGACGUGACCUGCCAGGAACUACUGGCUAAACAUUACAACAAGCAGAUAUUGUACGAAAGAUCAAUAUAUUCCUUUUAUGUUGCCCGUUAGAGCAAUGAAAUGUGUUUUUAGGGAUUUUCUUAGUGAAAGAAAUUAAAAGGCAGACAUUCUGUAUCUACUUGGGAUAGCUCUUUCUUGGCUUUUAAAGGGGCCAUUUUGAGGCCUGAAGAUUUAAAUCUGUAUUUGCCAAGCCUGGCAACUUGGAGAUGUGUGGACUUCGAUUCCCAGAAUUCCCCAUGCUGGCUGGGGAAUUCUGGGAGUCGAAGUCCACACAACUUCAAGCUGCCAAGGUUUGGAAACACUGAUGAAAAUAAGAGGUGGGGUGGAAACGGGA